UCACAUCACAGUUCAAGAGCCUGUUGCCUUUUGCUGUGACGCAAAAGUUUAUUAUUGAAUUUGUCCCAAUAUCUAAAAUGUUUCAUGUAUUUAAGGCCUGAUUUGACCUCAUUAUUAUCCCAACAUUUUCAUACUCUGGACACAGUCGACAAGGCUACAGGAGCAACCACAAAUCUGGUGUAUUUUCCUCCUCACCAAUCCGCACUCAGGAGAAUGGGCAAAUCUGAAAGUCAAAUGGACAUCAUGGAGAAAUCUAGUAAACCUGGGAAACACCGCUGGACCGCGGCUGAGAUUGGGCUGUCUGUGCUCCUGCUGCUGGUCAGCUGUGCCCUUGCUGGACUCGUGGUGCUCUACACAUCGGCAGUGAAAGAGCAAUCUAGCAGGCCGAGUGUGGCGAGGGAGUCCAAGGGUUCCACACUUACAGGUCAACAGGAUCACUUGAGCUCAGACAAUGUUUGUACCACCGCUGACUGUGUUACUGCAGCUGCACGUCUGCUACAGAACAUGGACAGCUCGGUGAAGCCCUGUGAGAACUUUUACCAGUUUGCUUGUGGGGGCUGGUUAGAGCGGCAUGUCAUCCCAGAGACCAGCUCCAGACAUAGUGUCUUUGACAUCCUGCGAGACAAACUCGAGAUUGUCCUCAAAGGUGCUCUGGAAACACCAAGCGACCAAGACAGAGAUGCCAUCAGAAAGGCCAAAGUGCUUUACAACUCCUGCAUGAAUGAAAGUCUAAUAGAGCAAAGAGAUUCUCAACCUCUACUCAAACUUAUAGACAGUAUAGGAGACUGGCCUGUAGCAUCUGAUGACUGGAGCAACACAACAGAGGAAAUUUGGAGCUUGGAGGACACUCUUGCCACCCUCACAGCUCGGUUUCACAAGAAGGUUGUACUGGACAUGUACGUGUGGACAGACGACCGUGACUCGCAGAAACAUAUCAUCUAUAUUGAUCAGCCAGGACUGGGAAUGCCAUCAAGAGACUAUUACUUCAAUGAUGGGAACUACAAAAAGGUACGAGAGGCGUACCUCCACUUCAUGGCUUCGAUUGCCAGAAUUACUCGUGAGGAUCGGAAUUUGACUCAGGACGACGAGAGGGUUUGGGAUGAGAUGAUCCAAGUUCUGGAGCUGGAAACAGACAUCGCAAACGCCACAUCUCCAGCCGAGGAGCGCCAAGACGUUACUGUCCUCUACAACAAGAUGACACUGAGCGAGCUGCAGAGCACGUACAGCUUUAACGGAUUUAAUUGGACCAGAUUUAUCCAGGGCGUCCUCUCCAGUGUGUCAGUGGAAAUCCAGUCUGAGGAGGAGGUGGUGGUUUACAGCGCCCCCUAUCUUGAGAAGAUGAAUGAAGUCUUGUCACGACACAGUGUCAGAACUAUGCAGAACUACCUCACAUGGCAGCUCAUCAUUGACAGAGUGAACAGUUUGAGUCGCAGAUUCAAAGAUGCCCGAGCACGAUACAGAAAGGCUCUUUAUGGCACGACCGUGGAGGAUGCCUGGUGGCGAGAGUGUGUCCGAUACAUCCAGAACAGCAUGGAAAAUGCAGUAGGGGCUUUAUAUGUGAGGGAGACCUUUGCUGGAGAGAGCAAAAGGAUGGUUAGUGAUCUUAUUGUCAAAAUCCAACAAGCUUAUGUGGAGACACUGGAGGAGCUGAGCUGGAUGGACACACCAUCAAAAGAGAAGGCGCGAGAAAAGGCAAUGUCAAUAAAGGAACACAUUGGCUAUCCAGACCACAUUCUACAAGAGAACAACCAGAAACUUGACCAGGAAUACAGCCAUUUAAACUUCAGUGUAGAGCAUUAUUUUGAGAACAUCCUGGAAAACCAGCGUUCUGAAGCUCAGAAGAGUCUGAAGAAACUCCGAGAGCCAGUGGACCCUGACCUGUGGAUCAUUGGCGCUGCAGUGGUCAAUGCAUUUUAUUCUCCAAAUAGAAAUCAAAUUGUAUUUCCAGCUGGGAUCCUGCAGCCACCUUUCUUCAGUAAACACCAACACCAGGCUCUGAACUUUGGAGGAAUAGGAAUGGUCAUUGGACAUGAAAUUACGCAUGGAUUUGAUGACAAUGGGCGGAAUUUUGACAAAGAUGGAAACAUGCUUAACUGGUGGAGUAACUACUCAGCAGAGCAUUUUAAAGACCAGUCUCAGUGCAUGGUGCAACAAUACGGCAACUUUAUCUGGAAACUUGCAGGCGGACAAAAUGUUAGCGGCAUCAGCACUUUAGGAGAAAACAUAGCAGAUAACGGAGGAGUGCGUCAGGCUUAUAAGGCCUAUCUGAAGUGGGUUGAAACAGAGGGAGAGGAGCCUCGGCUGCCAGGGUUAGACAUGGACCACAAGCAACUUUUCUUUCUCAAUUUUGCGCAAGUGUGGUGUGGGGCGUAUCGACCAGAGUAUGCAAGCCAAUCUAUCAAAACAGACUCCCAUAGUCCUUUAGAAUACAGGGUUCUCGGAUCUCUCCAGAAUUUUGAAGCAUUUUCCGAAGCGUUUCAGUGUCCACGAGGAAGUCAAAUGAACCCAGAGCAAAAGUGCAGAGUCUGGUAGAGAUUUUAAACAUGAAUAUAUAUAUAUAAGUAAAUAUAAGUUAUUUUUGGUGAAGUUCAAAGUGAUAUCCAACAGGUUUUUAAGUGCAGGACUGUGCCAAGAUCUAAGGCAGGAACUAGAAAGAAUACUUUAUAUAAAUGUUUAUAACAGAAGAAAAAUAAAAACUGGAAUGACUUGGAGAGUUAAGACCUCUUCCAAGGCAUUGACGAUAUCUUGCAAUGAACAUGUGACAAAGAGUACCAGUACCUUCAGCAACCUCACUCCUGAUUGGCUCUUUGGUUGCUGUAAUAUGCAUUCUUGAAAUUCCAAAUAUGGAACUUGGCUCUAAAUUAGUCACUAUAGCUGCUAGCCUUGAUUGGCUUCAUUUGGCUGGAGCCGAACGCUAUGAGUGACGCCACAUUCCCUCAGUCCACUUCUAUAUACAGUCUGUGGUCCUAGAUAUAAAUUGCUAUUUCAGGAGUAAAUUGUUAAGUGAGCCAAGAUAUCUCAAAAUGAUACAAACUUCCUUAAAACACCUCUGGGCCUAUAUUACAGUAUUUUCUGAUCUCUGUUAUCUAUUUUUCCUCAUAAAAACAUACUUUGGGUUGUGUUUUGUUUCAUUCACACAUGUUUAACACACAAAUCAUGUAUAUUUAGGAGUUACGCUCUGGUCCUCCUUGUGAUGUCAUGUGGUAAUACAGGCAGCCUCACUAUUGAAUAAUUUGGAUGAUUUCAGCCCUUGAAUAUCCUGUCUCUAAUGAACAAAAGAUAAAAGAUAGCUGUUUACUUGAAAACUACGUCUUUACAACAUCACAAGCUGGAACAGAGCAUUUUGAGCUUUAGAGAUGUAGACAGACAGAAUAAACCAGGAUUACUCAAACAUACAUGAAAGAAAGAAAGCACAACACCAGGUAUGUUUAUGAUGCUGUAACAGGAUUACAACAUGGGCUGAAGCUCACAGGAAUCCAAUUUGUGUAACAUAGGAUCUUGAAACUCCAAUCGAGAAAUUUCUUUAACUUUACCACAAACUUUAAAACUAAUCAUCUAUUUAAGUGCUCUCGUUUAAUAACUUUUUUCACACCUCAGUACUUUGGCACAGGUCUGAAUCUUAGACAGCUUGGAGAGAACAAAAUGGCUGACUUUAUAGGAAUGACAUUGUAAAAGGGACGAAGCUGCAGACUGCCUUUGAGCCUUACUGCAAUUUUCAUUUUGGUUAUCUCUGUCUUGUAAUAAAACAUUACAUAGCGACUGUAGCCUGAGCUUGUGAUGAAUGAACAACAACAGCAUUAGUCACAGUUUGGUCACUCAUUGUCCAAGAAACAAAAAUUACCUAAAGACUUCGACUGUUAAAACUGCGCAGCUUUGACCCUUAAUUAACAUCCCACAAAAGCUGCCAUCAUGAGAAGCUUUUGUUUCAAACUGGUAUAAGCUAAUGUAACUUGUAAUGGUUUACAUGUUUUUAUUUAGUUUUUAAUUCCUCAUCUGUUACUGUUUUCUUGCCAUUUUCGUAGCCUAAAUCUUUUUCAGCAAACUGGAGACUGUUAUGUAGGUUUUGUCCAAGUAUGGUUCAUAUGUUGACAUUUUAGUUGGUACUUUUUAUAUAUAUAACUGAAGCUUUGUAAUUUCACAUGAAGUGGUUAAUGACUGUAAGCCAUGUAUGCUUGGGACAAAAGGUUUUAUUGAAUUGGCAAAAGCAUGAAGGCAGUCUGGCAAAUAAACUCACUUUUAAUUAAGUCACAAAAUCAAUAUUCUCAACGUUUUUGAUGCCUAUUUGUGAUAUAAGCUUUGUCACCUGCUUGUCUCCAUGGAAAUGAAUGCUUUGCCUGGAAUGCUCCACAGUAUGGCAUUAAACUUAACUAUUUUGCAUGUACUAGCACUAUUCAAGUCUUUUAAAUACUAAAUGGGCACCUUGCGUAAUACCAUGCAAGUGAGUGUUGUCACCUCUACACAGAUCUGACUUUGCCUUGUGGCUUCACCUGCUUGUUUCUGUGGAGUAGAGAAGUUUAAUGCUAUAUUGACAAAAUAGAUUAUCCGCAUGAUGACAUUCAGAUGAUAAUAUGGCAGCCCGUCAGAUAUAUGCUAAAACAUGAAUAUUGUUUGAUUUCUUCUUUUUGCAUAUUGUUUUAGCAGUUUUUAUUAAUGGCCUACUACACAAUAUUCUAAUGUUUCAUGUCUCCAAAGCCAGCAAAUCCAAUAUCAUUCAUUUUUCAAUUUCUCUGUCCAUAAUAAACAUGGAUCUAUGCUUUGUUUACAUUUCACAAAUCACCCUCAAAGCAUCUCUACGCUCUAUACACGACUUGUAGCUUUUCGGCCACAUCCAAUUACAUGGAGAAAGCACUCACACCCGGCCGCUCAGCAGAUGAGAGGGUGGCCUUCUGAUCCCCCAUUGAUCAGUGCGGCGGAGAUGAAAGCGGAGCUGCGUUUAGUGAACCCAAACUAAUACUUUCCAGACAAUAAGCGCAACUCCGGACUCUUCUAUUGUACCUUUAUGAAGCAGUAAUGACAGAUGAAUCAAAGGGCAGCGCUGAUGCUAGAGCCGGCCAUGUUGACUAUUUUUGUUGUUUUCGGUCACUGGUCUGAAGCCCUCGAUAUAACAUGACGACUUAUGUCUCCCAUAGACUCAAAUGAUUGUGCUUUAGAACAUUGCAAAAAUACUUUAUCUACACUACUCUCAAAUUACUUGAAGUCAGAUUUUUUUAUACGCAAAUAUGAAUUUAAAAUCUAACAUAACAUUGCAAGUAUUAGAAUGAAGAAAGUGAGACAUUUUGUUUUAAGCAAA